UGGACGACCCUCCCCACUCAUCCUCCCGCCCGCUCUACCUCCUCUUCUUACUCUCGCUGUCCCAUCCAACGAGACACACCGGGACACAMCCCCCGCCCCAAACACCCUACGGCUCCGUAUCACCCCUUUUGGCGUCACUAUCUCUGUCAACUUUUACACCUUCCUUCCCGCACAAGCAAUCGCCGUGCCCGAUCUACCCUGACUCUGCCAUCGCUCUCCCCGCCCGGCUGUUCUUUUAGCGGGGCUUCUCUCCUCGCAGGGCUGUGCUCUCYUUUCGGGUUGUGCCCGCUCCGAGCCCCGCUGUCCUCGGGCCGAGGUCGCCGCUCUCCCUCCGGCGGGGCUCGGCGGCGGCGGGGCUCCGCGCCCUGCGCUCUGUGCAGUUAUUGGACGGGACUGUGUGUGCCGCUGUCGGCCAAUGAUGGAGCGGGGGGAACUGGCGGCCCGGCCCCGCUCGGAGCCGGGAUGAGGCGCAGACAGUCUCAGAGAGACUCUGGGAGUGAGUCACCGCCGAGCCCGCCGAGCAAUGCCCGGCUCCCCGCCGCCGCCGCCGCUUCCCGGGGCCGCUGGGCAGCGGCAUGACGGGGCGAGCUGAGAGUUUCUAGCCGGGGCGGGGGGGCGAAGCGGAGAGCGCGGCCGUCCUGUGCGAUGAACGGCGUUGCUGUAAGGAGCCGCGGGGUGACGACGGGGCAGGUACUGAGACUCUUGCUUUUGUUCAGCCUUUCCGACUGGGUUUCCGCCGCGAUUCGCUAUGCGAUUCCCGAGGAGGCGCGGAGAGGCUCCACGGUGGGGAAUGUGGUAGCCGACCUGGAGCUGGACCUCGGGCGGCUGCCGGGACGCCGAUUGCGGGUGGUGUCCGGCGGCAACAAGAAGUACUUCGGGGUGGAUCUGACGAGCGGGGCGCUGCUGGUGAACGAGAGGAUAGACCGGGAGGAGCUCUGCGGCGCGCUCUCUCCCUGCUCCCUCAGCUUUGAGAUCGUGGUGGAAAACCCGCUCGAGCUGUACAGCGGCACCGUAGAGAUCCAGGACAUCAAUGACAACGACCCGGUUUUUCCCAGCAGCCAGGCGAGGCUGGAAAUCAGUGAGUCGGUGGCUGCCGGAGCGCGCUUCCCGCUAGAGAGCGCGCAAGACUCCGAUGUGGGAGUUAACUCUUUGCAGACCUACCAGCUCAGCGCCAACCCGAACUUUGCGCUCGACGUGAAGACGAGGGUGGAUGGCAGCAAGUACGCGGAACUGGUGCUCGAGAAGGAGCUGGACAGGGAGGAGCAAAGGGAGCUGAAUUUGGUCUUGACUGCGCUGGAUGGAGGCAGCCCGCCACGGUCAGCCCAUGUGCAGAUCCACAUUGAUGUUGUAGAUGCYAACGAUAAUGCCCCGGUCUUCAACCAGUCCACCUAUAAAGCGAGUGUGAGGGAGAACACGCCCAGCGGUACCCUGGUCGCCAGGAUCAGUGCCUACGAUCUGGAUGAUGGGCCCAAUGGAGACAUCGUCUAYUCCUUCAGCAGCCACACCCCCGCCAAGGUACGAGAACUCUUUGCUCUGGACUCAGCCACAGGGGAGCUGAGGGUCAAGGGACAGCUGGACUAUGAGGAAACAAAGUUGUACGAGAUUUACUUACAGGCUAAAGACAAGGGAGCCGUUCCUGGAGUGGCUCAUUGCAAAGUGCUGGUGGAAGUCGUGGAUGUGAAUGACAAUGCUCCAGAGGUGACAGUGACUUCUGUGUACAGCCCUGUGCCUGAAGAUGCAGCCCCGGGGACGGUCGUAGCUCUGCUGAGUGUCACAGACUCGGACUCCCACGACAACGGCCAGGUGAACUGUUUUAUUUCCCCUGGGAUCCCGUUCAUGCUCAGCUCCUCCCUCAAAAAUUACUACACACUGAAAACAGAAGGACCUCUGGACCGGGAAAAGGCAGCAGAGUAUAACAUCACGAUCACAGCCAGGGACUCGGGCUCACCACCCUUGUCUGCAGUAAAACACAUCCUGGUGCAGGUGUCAGAUGUCAAUGACAACGCGCCCAAGUCGUCCCAGGACUCGUAUGAUGUCUAUGUUCAGGAGAACAAUAUACCCGGCAUUCCCAUCCUUAAUGUGAGCGCCACAGAUCCAGACCUCGGGCGCAACGCCCACCUCUCCUAUACCCUUUUGCAGGGUGACCCCACUUUUGGCCACCUCUUCUCCAUCAACCGGGAGAAUGGCACCCUCUACCUGCUCACCUCCCUGGACCAUGAGGACCGGGUGGAGUUCACCAUGAUGGUGCAGGUCCAGGAUGGUGGCUUUCCACCUCUGGCCACUAAUGUCUCAGUCAGUGUGUUUGUCACUGACCUCAAUGACAAUGCCCCAAUGGUGCUGUACCCUCACCCCAACACCAACGCCACCUACACUGAUGUGGUGGCACCGGGCACUCCUGCCGGCCACAUGGUCACCAAGGUGGUGGCGGUGGAUGCGGAUGCAGGGUACAAUGCCUGGAUCUCCUACACCCUCUUGCAAGCCACUGACCCCAGCCUCUUCUCAGUUGGGCUGCACAAUGGGGAGAUCUUCACGGCCCGCCAGCUCCGCGAGGAUGAUGCUCCCGAGCACACCUUAGUCAUCCUGCUGAAAGACCAUGGGGAGCCUGUGCUGUCCACCAGUGCCACUGUUUCCAUCUCUGUGGCCGAGAUGGUCAAGGAGGUGCUCACUGACCUCACUGAUGUGGCACCUGCCAAUGAUCCCAGGAGACAUGUGACUUUCUAUCUCAUCCUGGCUGUGAUUUUGGUGUCAGCAGCCUUCUUCAUCACCAUGUURUCCGUGGGUAUCUUCAAGUGCUACAAGUGGAGGCAGUCAAAGGAGCUGUACAACAGCUCCAGGAGUACCACAUACAGGACACCAGGCCCCUUCCACCACAUUGAUGCCGUGCGGGGUGGCUUCACACCCCCCAACUUCUACCACCAGGUCUAUCUCACCACGGACUCUCGCCAGAGUGAUCUCCUGUGUAAAAAGCCUUUCACYUCCAGCCCCUUGGGGAGCCGCCAGGGCACCAUAAGGAAUGGUGAGCCAGGGCUGUACCACCAGAUUGUGGGCACCACCAGCCGGCUCACCACACCUGCUGAGUUGGAGCUGCAGCCUGCCGGAGCCCCGGAGCUGUUUUCUAAGCCGUGCAAGAGAGACUCAGGGAUUUAUUCGCAGUUCCUCAGUACCUGCUGUGUCCCGGGCCGGAUGCGCACGGACAUGGAGAGUGUCAGCCUCCAGCGACCCGCCUGGAAAUGGCAAGUACUGAGUUUGUUUUUGCUCUGCGGCUGGGGCUGGGUCUCCGGGCAGAUCCACUACUCGGUGGUUGAGGAGUCAGAGUUGGGAACCGUGGUGGGGAACGUGGCCCGGGACCUGGGCUUGAAGGUGGAGGAGCUGCCAGGUCGCAGGCUGCGCCUGGGCUCGGAGGAGAGCUUGCGCUACUUCGCCGUGCGCCUGGACAGCGGCACGCUGGUGGUGAGCCAGCGGCUGGACCGCGAGCGUCUGUGCGGAGCAGCUGCCAGCUGCGUGCUGUCGGUGCAGGUGGUGGCAGAGAACCCCCUGCAGCUCUUCCGCCUGGAAGUGGAGAUCCUGGAUCUGAAUGACAACUCCCCGAGCUUCCCCACUGCUCACCGCACCCUGCGCAUCGCCGAGUCUGCCACGGUGGCCGCGCGCUUCCCCCUGGAGAGCGCGCAGGACCCCGAUGUGGGCACUAAUGCUGUGAGCUCCUACCGGCUGAGCCCCAACUCCCACUUCUCCCUGGACGUCAAGCAGCAGCCGGAUGGCAAACUCUUCCCGGAGCUCGUGCUGGAGCGUGCCCUGGACCGGGAAGAGCAGCCAGAACUGCAGCUGGUGCUGACGGCCGUGGAUGGGGGAAGCCCAGCCCGCUCGGGCACAGCAGAGAUAACGGUCCAGGUCCUGGAUGUCAAUGACAACGCGCCCAUCUUUGACCGCACCACAUACAAGGUGAAAGUCCCGGAAAACACCCCUGUGGGGGCUGUGCUCCUCCGGGUCAAUGCGUCUGACCCYGACGAGGGUCCCAAUGGGGAGACACAGUACUCCUUCGGGGUUCACACCUCCGACUCGGUACGGAGGCUCUUUACCCUGGAUCCCCACACUGGUGAGGUCCGGGUGAGUGGGGCCCUGGACUUUGAGGAAUCACGUUUCUAUGAGAUCUAUCUGCGAGCUCACGAUGGCGGGGUCCCAGAGAUGGAGGGCAAUUGUGUACUGCAGGUGCAAGUGGAGGAUGCCAAUGACAACCCCCCGGAGGUGCUGCUCACCUCCCUGUUGAAUCCGGUGCCAGAAGACACCCCCCCGGAGACUGUUGUGGGGCUCUUCAAYGUACGGGACCGGGACUCGGGGGCCAACGGGGAAGUGAGCUUGGAGAUCUCCCCCGAUGUGCCUUUUGCCAUCAGGUCCCUUCAGAACCACUUCUCCCUGGUCACCCAGAAGAGCCUGGACCGAGARUCUACCUCACAGUAUGCAGUGGAGCUGAUCGCCCAGGAUGGCGGUUCUCCUGCCCUCACCACCACACUCACACUGCUCCUCAAUAUAUCUGAUGUGAAUGACAACCCCCCACGCUUCUCGCAGCCCUCCUACGAUGCCUUUCUCCAGGAGAACAACCCGCCUGGCUCCCUGCUGUGCACCGUCUCUGCCUCAGAUCCCGACGACRGGGAUAAUUCCCGGCUUGUUUACACCAUAGAGAGUGGCCAAGUGCAGGAUGCCCCCAUCUCUUCCUUCGUCCACAUCAACCCUGACAAUGGCAAUCUCUAUGCUCAGCGCACCUUCGACUUCGAGCUGCUGCAGGUUCUGCCGGUCUCCGUGGUCGUGCGGGACUCGGGGUCCCCCCCUCUCUAUGCCAAUGUUACCGUCUACAUCUUUGUGCUGGACCAGAAUGACCAUCCCCCCACCAUCCUGCACCCUGCCAGUGACAGCGAUGUGCUGGCACCCCAGAGGGUCCCGCUGUCUGCCCCACCGGGCUACCUGGUGGCCAAGGUGACAGCAGUGGAUGCGGAUGCUGGGCACAACGCCUGGCUCUCUUAYCGGCUGUUGCCGCAGUCCACUGACCCCUCCUUGUUCCACGUGUCGCUGUACACCGGGGAGGUGCGGACAGCGCGUGCCUUCCAGGACAGCGAYAUGGCAGUGCAGCAGCUCGUUGUCCAGGUGACGGACAACGGUGAGCCACCGCUCUCCACCACUGCCACCAUCACUGUGGCCCUGGAGGAGGCAGCCCUGGAGGAGAGCUUCAAGCCUCAGGAUUUCCUGGCUGGYGCCAAGGACAAGCCGGACCUGACCUUCUACCUGAUCAUCGCGCUGGCAGCCGUCAGCACGGUGGCACUGGCCACCGUCACCCUCCUGGCCGCCCGGUGCCUCCGGCGCAAGGGCCGUGCCGCCGUCUCGCCCUACUGCUGCUGCUGGCUCAGCGAGUCGCCCUCCCGGGACUUCUGCAAGCACUCCAGCCCCAAGCUCCAGCUCAGCUCCGACGGCACCCUUAAGUACAUGGAGGUCACGCUGCGACCCACCGACUCCCCGUCCCGCUACAGCACCUGCUUCUCCCCGGGCUCCGAGCGGAGCGACUUCACCUUCCUGCGGCCCUGCCCAACCCCCGCCACCCUGCCGCGGGAGAGCGGUGUUUUCCUGCCCGCGGGCGGCACGCUGCGGGAGCGCGCCCAGAUCCGAUACAGCAUCCCGGAGGAGCUUACACGGGGUGCCUUUGUGGGCAAUAUUGCCAAGGACCUGGGUACCGAUGUGGCGAAACUGGCGGCAGCUAAUCUGCAGGUACUGUCCGAUUCGGAUUCCCAGUACUUCUCUGUCAAUGUGAACACUGGUGUUAUAAUGGUCAGCGAGCGGAUAGACCGGGAGCAGCUCUGCGGGCAGAACCCACGCUGCUUCCUCCACUUGAAACUUGCCAUCGAGAACCCGGUGGAGUUUUACCGUAUUGAGGUGGAGAUCCUGGAUAUCAAUGACAACCCCCCGGAGUUCCCCAGUGAGGAGGUUGCCUUGCGCAUCUACGAGYUGGCAUCUCUGGGUGCCCGCUUCCCAAUCCAGCCAGCCCAGGACCCCGACGUGGGCACCAACACCUUGCAGACCUAUCACCUGAGUGCCAAUGACAACUUCAACCUCAACGUGAAGGCACGCACUGAUGGUGGGAAGUUCCCUGAGCUGGUGCUGGAGCGGGCUCUGGACCGGGAAUUCAGAGCUUUCCACUACCUGGUCCUGACUGCUGAAGAUGGGGGCUCUCCCCCACAGUCCAGCAAGAUACGCAUCACUAUUCAGGUCCUGGAUGCCAAUGACAACCACCCGGUCUUUGACAGACCAUCAUACGGAGCACGCUUGGUGGAGAACUCGCCGCUGGGCACCCUCGUGGUGAAGUUAAAUGCCACCGAUGUGGAUGAAGGACCCAACGGAGACAUCCGCUACUCCCUCAGUAGCCACAAUUCAGCUGCCUUACGCCAGAUCUUUGCCAUUGACGAGCAAACYGGGGAGAUUCGUGUCCAGGGCAACCUGGACUUUGAGGAGGCCACUGUGUAUGAGAUCGAAGUGGAGGCCAAGGACAUGGGGUCGCCCACGAUGGAGGAGCACUGCAGCGUGGUGGUGGAAAUCACUGAYGUCAAUGACAACGCACCUGAGGUCAUUCUUACCUCCUUCUCCAGCACCCUGAGCGAGGACGCGCUGCCAGGCACAGUGGUGGCUGUGAUACAYGUCAGAGACAGGGACUCUGGCGAGCAGGGUAAGGUCCUGUGUCACGUGUCUCCAGAUCUUCCCUUCCAGCUGCGUAAGGACUACGAGCACCAGUACUCGCUGCUCACCAGCACCCGUUUGGACCGGGAGCAUGUUGCCUACUACAAUGUCACCGUCUCGGCCUCGGACAUGGGCAAUCCCCCGCUCUCCCGCCACACCAUCUUGCCAAUCACCCUGAUAGAUGUCAAUGACAACGCUCCCCAGUUUGARCAAGCAUCCUAUGAAGUGCUGGUGGCAGAAAACAAUCCAGUGGGCAGUGUGCUGGUUACAGUCUCUGCUGCUGACCCUGACUCGGAGCAGAAUUCCCGCCUGUCCUACUCCAUCCUGAGAGCUGGUGGGACAGAUCCAGGCCUGGAUCCUACUCGCUACCUCUCGAUACAUCCCACGAAUGGGCAGGUCACUGCCAAACUCCCUUUUGACUAUGAGCAAACCACCUAUCUCCAGUUCCACGUGGAGGUCUCUGAUGGUGGCUCCCCGGCCCUGAGGAACMGGACACUGGUUCAUGUUUUUAUAGUGGACCAGAACGACAACGCCCCACGGGUGCAUUUCCCCAGGGCUGGGGAGGACUCUGCUACUCAGUUUCGGAUUUCCCCCUCCAUCGUCCCUCCUGCUCUCAUCACCAAGGUGGUGGCAAUAGAUGCGGACUCGGGGCGCAAUGCCUGGCUAUCCUACCACCUCGUGGAAGCCACAGACCUGGGGCUUUUCAGCGUGGCCCUGCGCUCCGGGGAGGUCCGGAUCAUGCGGGCUCUGCAGGAGACGGACGCCUCUGCGCACGAACUGCUGGUGGUGGUCCGGGAUGCCGGGGAGCCCCCACUCUCCACAGCCGUCACACUGGUGGUGGUGGUGGAGGAGAAGGGUCCGGAGGCCCUGCAGGGCUCCGAGGCWCGGGCUGCUGACAGUGGGGGCUUACCCACUAUCACGCUUUAUCUGAUUGUAUCCCUAGUGCUCAUCUCCACCGUCUCGCUGGUGGGACUGGCGGCGCUGGGCAUACGGUGCCUCCGGCGGGGCUCUGCACCUGCCAACCAGGGCGGCUGCGUGGAGAGCGUGAACACGCUUCAGCCUCCUCCCAGCCACAUUUUUGGGCACUUGCACUAUGAGCCUAAGAAAGGGGACACGGUGAUGGGCGUGCAGGUGACAGCAACGGCACCCCCCGCCCCGCGUUACCGCUCCUGCUUUUCGCCGGUCUCGGAUAUCAGCGAGUUCAUGUUUGUGAAACCCUCCGCGGAUCCCACCCUGUGCAGCGAGGAGGAGGAGGAGGAGGAGGGGGCUGUGGAGAGACGUAAAACUGUCACUCGGUCCAUCCCCUCCGCUCGCCGACUUUGUGUGUCUUUGCGUAUCGAGAAGCGGUUCAGCCGGCCGGGCUGCGCUCGCCCCCUCCCCCGCCUCCUCCAUCCCUCCCUGUCCGGCUCCGGCUGCUCCGGCGGCGGCUUCCUCCCUGCACAACCCGCUCGGACCCCCCCGGGGCGCGGGGGUUCCGGCUGCCGGGGCCGGCUGCGGGGGCGGGGAGGCGGGGGAGGCUGCGCGGAGCCGCCGCCGCUCCGCUCCGCGCCGCUCCGCUCGCACACCCGGCACGGGAUGCUCGCCGGACAGAGUUUGCCAUGGCAGCUCCCGCUGCUGCUCGUAGCCUUCUCCUGCCUGCCGGCUCCCGGCUGCGCCCAGCUUCACUACUCCGUGCCCGAGGAUCGCGAACCGGGUUUCUCUGUUGGCGACCUGGCCAAGGACUUAGGGGUGGAGGUGCGGAGCCUGGCYGCCCGCAACCUGCGCCUGGUGAGCGAGGGCGGGCAGCGGCACUUCCAGGUGGACCUGGCGGCGGGUGUGCUGCUCCUGGACAGCAGGCUGGACCGGGAGGCACUGUGUGGGCAGAGCCCCACGUGCUCUCUGCACCUCCAACUCGUCAUGGAGAAUCCCCUCCAGCUCCACCGUGUUGAGGUGGACGUCCUCGACGUGAACGACAACGCGCCCCAGUUCCCCAAGCCGGAGGUGGUGCUGGAGAUCACGGAGGUAGCUAACCCUGGGACUCGGCUGCCCUUGGAGGUAGCAGAAGACCCAGAUAUGGGCUCCAACUCCAUCUCCACCUACGAGCUCAGCCCCAGCAAGCAUUUUGCCCUGAGCAUCAAUGUGAGAGGAGAUGGUGUUAAAAUGCCUGAGAUCGUACUUGAAAAGGCACUGGAUAGAGARAAGGUGCCUGUUCAUCAUUUAACACUGACAGCCCUGGAUGGAGGGAAUCCAGUGAGAUCUGGCACUGCCAAGGUUACCAUCCAUGUCCUGGAUGCAAAUGACAACCCUCCUGUCUGUGAACCACCCAUAUCCAAGGUGCUUCUGGAGGAGAAUGUGCCMGUGGGCACUCUGGUCACCAAGCUGAAUGUCACCGACCUGGAUGAAGGUCCCAACGGGGAUGUGGAAUAUUCUUUCAAAACUAGCAAUAAUGCACCUGGUAAAUUCACCAAGCUGUUCUCCUUAGAUGCCCGGACAGGGGAGAUCAGAACCAAAGCCCCUCUGGAUUAUGAGGAAUCCAGUGCUUAUGAGAUUGCGGUGCGAGCCAGGGACAAGGGAUCCCCAGCCAUGGAAGGYCACUGUCACCUGCGAGUGGAAUUAAUUGAUAUCAACGAUAACAGCCCAGAGAUUGUGCUGACCUCKGUCUCCAGCCCAGUGCAGGAGGAUGCAACCCCAGGCACUGUGAUUGCCCUCAUUGGUGUGAAGGACAGUGAUUCCGGUGACAAUGGGCAGGUCCGUCUGCAGAUAGCGAAAGAGCUCCCGUUUAAACUGGUGUCAUCUUUUAAAGAGCAUUUCUCGCUGGUCACCAACGGUCCCCUCGAUCGGGAGAAGGCCAGUGGAUACAACAUCACAGUGAGGGCUGUGGAUUCAGGGUCYCCCCAGAGGGCCACACAAAAAACCUUUUAUCUCCGCAUCGCUGACGUGAAUGAUAACGCACCGAAUUUCUCCAGCCCUUUUGAUACAGCUCACAUUCAGGAAAACUCCCUUCCUGGUACUUCUGUCUUUUCAGUGUCAGCGUCUGAUCCUGAUGAGGGUAACAAUGCCAAGCUGUCUUACUCCAUCGUGGAUAAUGGGAUGCAGGAUGUGCCCAUCUCGACCUACUUCCGAAUAGACCAGGACAAUGGCACCAUCUACACCGUGCGAGCUCUGGAUUACGAGCAGGACAAGGUGUUCCAGGUGCCUGUGGAGGUGAAGGAUGCUGGGUCUCCUGCGCUGAGUAGCACUGCUGUGGUCCACGUGUUUGUCCUGGACGAGAAUGACAAUGCUCCCAACAUUGUCUACCCGUCUGUCCCCAAGGGCUCUGCGUUCCACCAAGCCAUCCCAGCCUUGGCAGAACCCGGCUAUCUGGUAACCAAAAUYGUAGCAGUUGAUGCUGACAGUGGCCAUAACGCCUGGCUGUCUUACCAGCUGCAGGAGUCUGCUGAGGCUUUGCCUUUYCAAGUGGAGCGCCGCUCUGGAGAGAUAAGGGUUGCACAGGCUCUCAGGGAGUCGGAAGAUUCCCACAGGCUGGUGGUCUUAGUGAGGGACAAUGGCACACCGUCCCUCUCAGCCUCUGUGGUAAUAGUCAUUUCUCCGGACGAAAACAGCGUGCAGGACUUCUCCAAGUCCYUGGACCUCCCCCAGUCUUCUCCCGAGGAUACCAACCUAACGCUUUACCUCAUCAUCUCCUUGGUGUCCAUCUCCCUCGUGUCCUGYGUGAUGUUUGCUCUGGUGGCUGCCCGGUGUCUCAAAGCUGGCAGUGCCAGCUGGACCUUGGCGGGCUGCUGCCGAGGGGCUGGCCGCAAGCCCGCCUCCCAUUUCCGAGGGCAGAUGAAGCCAGAUGGCUUCAUCAAGUACCUGGACGUGGGAGGAGCGGGCUUGACCUCCCAGGCACAGAAUUACACCUCUUGUUUCUCACCCAUGUCUGACCAGAGCGAUUUCCUGUUUGUAAAGCCCUUCAGCCAUUCUAGCACUGCGGAGACCGUGGCUGCCUAUGAGCAGGUGACCAGCACCUUAGCGAGUCCCUGCGAUGGGCAAGCUCAGCCUAACACAGACUGGCGCUUCUCUCAGACCCAGAGACCUGGAACAAGUGGCUCCCAGAAUGGAGAGGAAGCUGGAGCCUGGCCGAACAACCAGUUUGACACGGAGAUGCUCCAAGCCAUGAUCCUGGCUUCAGCCAAUGAAGCUGGUGACGGUAACUCGACCCUGGGCGGCGGCAAUGGCACGAUGGGGCUGAGCGCCCGCUACGGCCCCCAGUUCACCCUGCAGCACGUCCCCGACUACMGGCAGAACGUCUACAUCCCGGGCAGCAACGCCACCCUCACCAACGCCGCCGGCAAGCGCGACGCCAAGAACGCCGCCCCCGCCGGAGGCAACAAGAAGAAAUCCGGGAAGAAGGAGAAGAAGUAGAGAAGAAGAAGAAGGAGACCUUAGAGCUACAGGGCAGCCGGCUCCAGCACUCCCCCAAAACCACAGCCCAGGCCGGAGGACGAAUGUGAAUUUUUUUGUGAUGCAGAAUUAGGAAAUGCUGCGAAUGUAUCUCGUCAUCAUCAGAGCUGAGAGCAGGGGCUCGCUGCUCUCAGRUCUCAUGAUGAAAACCAAUCCGGAAUCUAAACCGAACACAAACAAGUGCCCUGUGAAUAAUGUUUUAUACAACCCCUCGGGUAUUAGAAUAUGCAAAGGCGGAAGGUCUUUUGCCAUGUCUUUGGAUCCGAUUUUCUCCCAGGUAGUCCGAGAAAGGCACAAGGCUUGUGCUCGGCUUUGCCCAGUGUAAAUAAUUUUAAUGUGGAUCUUUUAAUUUAUAGCCCUUCAACUAUUUUUUGGAAAGGAAAAGGAAGUUCCUAGCUUAGAGCCCAUGCUCCAGUUCUUUGCUCUCAAAUUUUCCAUUCGUAAAAUUCACCCCCAGUCAAUGAUAGCGAUGGAUUUUGGAAGUUGGUAGGGAGUGCUUCAGUUCCUGCUUACCCGUCAUCCAGAAAUAAAAAAUAAGUGUUUAUAUUGCAUGAGUCAAAGGGAAUAUGGCAAAGCUGCAUCCUAAACAUUUUUUUCUUUUUUUCUGGUUUGUUUUUUUUUUCUUUUAAGUGUAACCACUAAUGGCCUGAAAUAUGAAAAGGAAAAAGCCCUCCUGCUGUGUGAGAGGCAGGGAAUUCCACGAGGAGCCUGCCGAGGUGUGCGGCAGCUGCCCCGGCGGUUCUAGGGGUCUCCGAAGAGCAGACACAUCUCAAACCUUCUUUGCAGUAAAUAUUUAUAUGUACAGUCAAUGUUCUUAUGGGAUUAAGGCUAAGAGAGCAUCGCUCCCCCGCGGCCAGGCCUGGCCAGGUCCCCGCCCAGGGGACACGGGGACGACGCUUCACUGUCUGCACACGGUGUCUGCAUGCACGUCCCUCACCUCACACCUGCACUAGCGCAGUAGCUCCACGGACCCGGAGAAGUCCUCGCAUGCCCACGUGGUGUGAACGCGCCGGCAGCCACCCGAGCUGCCCUGGGGAAGGGGUGGGAGGGGGUGGGAUGGCUCAGGYGGGUGGGGAAACUCAUUGCUUCUUGUUAGGGCCCCAAAGGUUGUUUGGGGUGGUAAGGCGGCUCUACAAGGCGGUUAUUGUGGGGUCUCGCCCAAAGGGGUGGGAUCUCCAGAGCUGCCAGUGCAUGGCUUUGGUGCAGAGUUGGUGACUGAGUAAGUGAUGGUUGUUUUGGUGGCGUUUGGGGACCAGAUCCAGACAAGGGACCCAAGAGUAGRGGGAGAAUGCUGCAAAACGGGGGGCAGUAAUUGGGGAAGUGUCACACGGGACCACGCGGGGCCAGCCCAGAGGAGGGSAUGCUCCCGCUUUGGGCUUUGGGCUUUGCACCCUGCGGGGAGAAUUGAAGGAUGAGGAUCAGAGUUGCUCCAUGUGCCCAUCACCAAAGCACCAGGUCAGCUCCCCAUAGCAGAGCAGCUCUGAGCCUCCGGGGAGGCAGAUGGGGGUUUUGUGUAGCCAUAGCCAGGAGAGGAGCUGUGGAGUGGCCAAGAAGGGGCCGUGCUGAGUUUCCCAGGGGGUGUGUGUCGUUUUUUUCCUUUUUUAAUCACUAACACGUAACUCACCCRAGCAGAUCCAGCCCUUUCAGCCUCCCCACCCCUGCCCCCUCCCCAAACCCAGGGCAGCAGGAGCAUCCACCGUGUUUCAUCUGGAUCCAGCCAUUCUGGCACUGGCUGCACUGGGAGCGGUUCCCACCCUGUCCCCUGCAGCUGCCACCUGCCCCCCUCCUCUAGAAACGCUGUAGCUGAAUCGUAGUCUUUAUAUUUUCUUUUUAAUCUGCAAUCUGAGGUAGCCUAGUGAGUGUUGUGUAUUUAGUGGCGUGUUAUUUUUAAUCGCGGUAACUAACUUGUGGACAUCAGUAUUUUCAAUUUUCUCUGUAUCUUCUUUCCAUGUGGUCUGUGCUCCRAGUGUACGUGAAAUGAAACACGUUUUGCCCUUUCAAUGUGUCUAAUAUUGAAUUAUACUUAUAUAUUAUAUAUAUGCUUAUAUCCUUCUUAUACCCAUAUAGACCAAUGUYGAUGUGUUACACGCAAGUUUUAUACUCUAAUAUUUAUAUUGCUUUUUUUCUUUGGGAAAAAAAAAAUAAUAAAAUGGUUUCUUCUGAA